AUGGAAAACGAGACAGUUUCUGGUGAAACAUCAGAUUUAAGAUCAUCAAAGCCGAUCAAGAUUUUAAAACUGAAGAUCUCGAAACUUUGUAAUCAGCAUAUCUGCCCCUUUUGCAGCAAGGAGUUUACCUCAGGGAAGGCAUUGGGAGGUCAUAUAAGGAUCCACACCAAGGGAAACAACAACAAUGGCCGCCAUAGAAGGAUUUCGAAGCUUUGUUCGAACCCUAAGAGACGGAUCUCGCCGAAACAUAGUGGUGAUCAAGAAGAUGAUAAGAUUGUCAGUUGCUGCGUGUGUAACAAGGUGUUCAAGUCAAUGAAAUCUUUGUUCGGACACAUGAGGAAUCAUCCUGAACGGAGCUGGAGAGGGAUCCGACCGCCGCCUUCCGAAAAAAACAGCUGUUGUUCGAGUGUUUCCGAAGACGGAGAAGCUACGGAAGUCCAUCAGGUUAGUUAUGCAACAGAGGAAAACUCGGAAGAUGAGGAGGUUCUAGAAGCUGCUUGUUGCCUGAUGAUAAUGGCUCAAAAAAAUUCCUUUGAUUUUGAUCGGUCAAGUUUUGGAAAAUCUUCACUAACGGAUAAGCUUUCAAUUGAUAACAAUAGUUGUUUUGAUCAAUUUCACAAGUCCCCAAGGAAGCCUGUUGAAGAAGAAGGUGAUCCAUCAGCCAUGGAAGGUUUUUACCCUAAAAACCCUAAUGGCCAUGGAAAACAAUUCGGGGCUCCAGUGAACAAAACCACAGCGCCGGAAAUGGUGGAGGGUGUUCGCGAACACCGAUAUUCUGAAACCGAAGACAGUCAUCAGGUUUGUUCCCACAAGAUGUUUGAUUUUGAUCUGAAUGAACCUUAUGUGCCUGUAGAUCACGAGGGUAUCAUAUAG